GAACUAUGAAAAUUACUUUAUCAAGGCACAGAAAGUCAGACGUCUCAUUGCCGAUGACUUUGUGAAGGUUUUCAGGAGUGGUGUUGAUAUUUUACUCACUCCUACCACUCUGAGUGAUGCAGUACCGUAUAUGGAAUUCAUCAAAGAAGACAACAGAACCCGCAGUGCGCAAGAUGACAUCCUAACACAGGCUGCAAACAUGGCUGGACUGCCAGCCAUAAAUGUUCCUACAGCCCUUUCAGAGAGAGGCUUGCCAGUUGGGCUUCAGUUCAUUGGACGUUCAUUCCAGGAGAAGCAGCUUCUCACUGUAGCCAAAUGGUUUGAAAAACAAGUAAAAUUCCCAAUGAUCCAGCUAGAAGAAGUGAAGACACAUGACCAUGGUGGCCUUCAGCAUCAGAAAUCUGCUUCCAUCUCGUAACAUGGGACUUGCUACUCAGCUAAAGCAAGAAAGCUCUGGGGAUGGUCUAAAAAUGUAUUCCUGCAGUUAAAUCUCUGUUGUGGGAAAAGAUCAUCCUUUUUAAGAAGACUAUAUGCAGUAAUGCAGGAUGGAAUCACAACAGCUUGUUACCGUGUAAUUAAGGCAAAGUGAAUCAUUAAGUAAACGUGUCUGUGUUUAUUAAAAACCAUUUCUAACUGAUAUUAAAAACACCAAGUUGAAAUUAUGUAUCUUGUGGAGCUG